AUGCCUGAUCAAGUCGGCGGGAUGGAGGACCAGCAAGCUGAAUAUCGCUGCAUUGACGUGCAGGGCUCACCCACGGUGACCCUGACCCACAGGCACACCUUUGCUCUCAAGAACAACAUGCUCAGUGGCGUCACGCUCCCCGCCUGGCUCUCCUUCCUCUGGCGCCACGGCGGCCGGCUCGACUGGUGGCCCUACGCCCCCCGCAUCGGCUUCCUCACACUCUUGUCGGCGGUGAACAGCCUCCUGGCCGUGCCGGACUGGGUGCUGAUGCGGCGCAGGGUGGCUGCCACCCACCUCCACCCGGACCCCGUCUUUAUCCUGGGGCACCCCCGCACGGGCACCACCCACCUGCACAACCUCCUGUCCCGCGACGCCCGCUUCGCCUGUGUGGACACCCUAGCGGCCGGAUUCCCGUCUGCCUUUUUGACCCUGGGGCCGGCGCUGGCUCGCCUGGCCGCCCCGCUGCUGGACCCCACCCGGCCCAUGGACGCGAUGGCCCUCAGCUUCCAGACUCCCGCCGAGGACGAGAUUGCAGUCUGCGCCCUGACAGGCACGUGCGGCACGUCCCCAUACAUGCCCCUGGUGAUGAUGCGGGACCAGGCCCUCUUCCAGCCCUAUUACCAGCUGGAGUCCGCGAGCGCCGCCGACACCGCCCGCUGGCUGGACGCCUUCACCUGGUUCCUGAAAAAGGUCACGCUGCGGGCCGGCGGGCACAAGCCCCUGCUGCUCAAGUCGCCUGUGCACACCGCGCGCGUACCCCUCCUCCUCAAGCUCUUCCCCCGUGCCAAGUUCAUCUACAUCCACCGCGACCCCUACACGGUCUUCUCCUCUGCGGCGCACAUGGCGGACUCCUACUACCCAUACACCGCCCUGCAGCGGAUGACGCCGCCAGACGUCACCAGGUUCAUCCUGGAUCAGUUCAGCCUGCUGCAUGAUGCGUACCAGGCAGCCAAGCCACUCAUCCCCCCCGGAAACCUGGUCGAGGUGAGCUUUGCCGAGCUGGAGGCUGAUGCUGUGGGCACGCUGCGAUCCAUCUAUGACAGGCUGGGCCUCGCUGGCUUUGACAGGGUGGAGCCCGACGUCCAGCACUACUGCUCCACACUUGCCGACUUUAAGAAGAAUGACCUAGAGCGGCUGGAUCCUGCAUUGAAACAACUUGUUGCGACACGGUGGCAACCCUUCUUUACUACGUUCAAUUACAGCACCUGA